AUGGAUGGUGUCUUAUAUAUUCGUGUCUUUGAUGCUUACAAGGCAAGUUAUGGUGUGGAGGACGCUGAAUACGCCAUUUCACAACUAGCACAGACUACCAUGAGAAGUGAGAUUGGUCAAUUGUCUCUGGAUCAUGUUUUAAAGGAGCGUCAGUCGCUCAAUUCUAAUAUUACAACCGCCAUCAACGAGGCAGCUAAAGACUGGGGUAUCAAGUGUUUGCGUUAUGAAAUCAGGGAUAUCCACCCUCCUGCCAAUGUUCUUGAGGCUAUGCAUCGUCAGGUAUCUGCCGAACGAUCUAAACGAGCAGAAAUUCUCGAGUCUGAGGGUCACCGACAGGCCGCCAUUAACAAAGCAGAAGGUAGCAAGGAAUCUGUUAUUCUUGCCUCUGAAGCUAUCAAGGCUGAAAAUAUUAACAAAGCUGCUGGUGAAGCCGAGGCUAUUCUAGUGAAAGCCAAAGCUACUGCCGAAGGUAUCAGACAAAUCGCAAAAGCCAUCCAGCAAACACCCGGUGGUGUAGAUGCUGUUUCAUUACAAGUGGCUGAGAAGUACGUGGAUGCUUUUGGAAAACUGGCAAAAGAAAGUAAUACUGUUGUUAUUCCUGCUGGCCUUGGAGAUAUGGGUGGUCUCAUUGCUGGUGGCCUUGGUAUCUACGACAAAAUUAGAAACUCUCAGGACACUGCCAAACUAGUGUCCAAUUCUGAGCCCUCGUCUGCCUCAUCUAGCGUCUCAACCGAUUCGGGAUCUACAAUAUCGCCGGCCGACAUUAAGAAUAUUGUCGAUAAGCUGUAA